UGCUUUGAGACGGCUGGCAGGUUGGACUUGCCAGUUCAGGCUGUGCUCCAUGGCCAAGGCAAUCCCCCUUUGCAAGCAAGUUUGGGGUCCUGUCUGUGAAGAGGACACCUUUGCGCAUGUUGGGUUAUCAGUUAUGGUGGGACGGAAGGCAGAGCUGAGGAUGGACUCCUGACAGGCUGGCCUGGGCUCCAGCCGGACCGAGGGCCGCACGUGAUUUCAGACUUGUCCAAGAUGCGCGUUGCUGGGGUCAUUCUUUAAAAAGCAAAUGUGCUGGAGCUGAAUCCACCCACUGUUGCCAUCUUCCUCGUUCAUUCCUGGCUCAUUCGGUGCCCUGGGUGGGUGCCAUGGAUAACGAGCAGCUGCAAGCCCCCACUCCUUCCAGCGGCGCCGGUGCCAUGACGACAACCACCACCACCACCAGCAACGGGCGCCAGACUGGGCCUCAGAUCUCUGUGUACAGUGGGAUCCCCGAUCGCCAGACUGUCCAGGUGAUCCAGCAGGCCUUGCACCGGCAGCCCAACACAGCGGCCCAGUACCUCCAGCAAAUGUAUGCCGCCCAGCAGCAGCACCUGAUGCUCCAGACGGCCGCCCUGCAGCAGCAGCACCUCAGCAGCACCCAGCUCCAGAGUCUGGCUGCUGUCCAACAGGCGAGCUUGGCAGCCAACAGGCAAAACGGCUCCUCUAGUAGCAAUGGUUCUGCACAGACACCGCCUCAGCAGCCCACGAUAAACCUGGCCACGUCCCCGGCUGCUGCCCAGCUUAUCAACCGGGCUCAGAGCGUGAACUCUGCAGCUGCAGCCUCUGGUAUCACCCAGCAAGCCGUCCUGUUGGGCAACGCAAGCAACCCCGGCUUGACUGCCAGCCAGGCCCAGAUGUACCUGCGGGCACAGAUGGCUCAGCAGAGCAACCUUGUGCAAGUAGCUAGGAGCCUAGGCCGUGCUGUUCCUUUGUCCCCCCAGCUCAUCUUCACGCCCACAGCCACGGUCGCUGCGGUGCAGCCGGAGGGCACCACCCCCACCACUCAGCCACCCACCAGCACUGCUCAGGUACAGAACUCAGCUCUGCGCACCCAGCAGACGGUGGCCCAAGGGAUGACUCCCUCACCCGGCCAGCAGCUCCCUACCUUGGCCAUGAAGCCUGCCCCAAACAACAGCAACUCUUCUCCUUCUUCGGCUUCUCAGGGCAAGGCUGCAGGGCUGGCCCCUGGCACCAAGGCAGGCUUGACUGAGCAUGCGCAGGAACACCUUCGAAAAGGAGAAGGGGGCGGCAGUGGGGGCAACAACGGGGCAGCUGUUGGUUCGGAUGGACGGGGAAAUGCUGCCACCCGGACAGUGACGCCUGUCACAACUCACCCGCUCAUUGCCCCAGCCUACUCUCCACUGCAGGCCCACCAGCUUGUACAACAGAAGCCGAUGCAGCACCAGUUUGUGAUCCAACAGCAGCAGCUCCAGCCCCGGCCUCAGCCACAUCCACCCCAGCUCCAGGCCCUCCCAGCUCCGGGCCUUGGUUCAUCCUCUGGCUUGCAGGCUCACGCUCACUCGCAAAGCCAGCCUCCGCCUGCUCACCAGCCGCAAUACCAAGCCUGCGGCCAGCACAAACCCAGCAUCAACCAGACAUCCCAACACUCCGCACAUCCCUCCAUCCCCCCAGCAGCGGGGCAACAGAGGACGGAGGGCAGCCCCCCUGGCCGCCCUGCCGGAUGUCUGAAUCACACGGCCCAGCGCAAAUUCCAGCAUGCCUCAGCCGUCAUUCUGCAGCUACAACCCCCCGCGGGGACGCCUCAGGAGAAUUCCAGGAAAGAAGCCUUCACUGGUGAGAAGCCCUCGACGGAGCCCCAGGUGGUGCACCCGCCUCACCUGCUGCAGACCACCACCACGUCGCCCUUGGCUCCUCCUGAAGCACAAACCUCUGAGUGCAUUGGGACCUCAUCCAACGAGGCUGGACGGGACCGUGUUCACUCACCACCGGACACCAGCAGCCCCGGCAUGACCUCGGGGAACGGGAACUCUGCCUCCACCGUCGCCGGCACUGCUCCCCAGAACGGCGAGAACAAGCCGCCCCAAGCCGUCGUGAAGCCGCAGAUCUUGACCCACGUCAUCGAGGGGUUUGUGAUCCAGGAAGGGGCCGAGCCGUUCCCGGUGGGGCGCUCUUCACUGCUCGUGGGGAACCUCAAGAAGAAAUAUGCUCAAGGCCUCCUGGCCGAGAAACCCCCGCAGCAAGACAACACGCACUCACCACAGCAGAUCUCCGAAAAUGGAGAGGAACCUCUACGUAAAUCCAAAGAGGAGGGGUCACCCCCAAAGCUGAAAUGUGAACUCUGCGGCCGCCUGGACUUCGCGUACAAGUUCAAGCGCUCCAAGCGUUUCUGCUCAAUGGCAUGUGCCAAGAGGUACAAUGUGGGGUGUACUAAAAGGGUGGGGCUAUUCCACCCCGACCGCAGCAAGCUUCAGAAACCAAGCGCGCCUUCGCACGGCCGGCGUCGGACCUGCAAGAGUGCCCUUCCCCCUCUCAGCAAAGAAAAUAAAAAGCAGGCCCCGCCCUCACUGACCGCCGGGUCUGGGCCCAUCUCUGUCACCGGCUCGCUGCAGCUCAGCCAUACCCAGGAGGAUUCAAGCCGCUGCUCAGACAACUCGAGCUACGAAGAGCCGCUCUCCCCUCUCUCGGCCAGCUCAUCUGCUUCUCGCCGGCGUCAGGGAGAGCGGGACAUAGAAUUGCCCGACAUGCACGUCCGGGACCUGGUGGGCAUUGGACAUCAUUUCCUGCCCAGCGAGCCCACCAAAUGGAAUGUGGAAGACGUCUACGAAUUCAUCCGCUCCUUGCCAGGUUGCCAAGAGAUCGCCGAGGAAUUCCGUGCACAAGAGAUCGACGGGCAGGCGCUGCUCCUGCUCAAGGAGGACCACCUCAUGAGCGCCAUGAACAUCAAGCUAGGCCCCGCCCUCAAGAUCUACGCCCGCAUCUGCAUGCUGAAGGACUCCUAGAAGCAUCCAGCCUGUUGUGCCUUCUUUGCAGGGAUGCUGUUUGUUUGUUUUUUUGGCGGGGAAUUUUUCGGAGAUCAGACGGACACUGAUUAGAUCGGCUCCCCCCCCCCCCACUGCACCAUAUCUUGAGCACAAGCCCCCCCCCCCAGUGAUGGGUAGCAAGGGGGGAGAGAUGGACCCACGCAUCUGGUUUGGGUUGGGGUGUCUGGAAGACGAAGCUGUGGGGUUGUACAUAAUAUGUAGCUUUAGCUUUCCUUUCUGCCUGCCCCCCUCCCCAAAUUGGGGGGUGGUGGUGAAUGGGGCGAGACCUCCUCUGUUCACACUGGUUGCUGAAUCUCCUUUUCCCAGUGACACCAAUACCUUCCCUUGGAUUGGACAAAACCCUACUUGAAACCUCAAAGCCAAACAGGACAGUUGCCUUAAAUUUGUUAGGGGUGUGUGUGUGUGUUAAGUGUGGUUGUGUUGCCACAUAGUGCCCUCUCCCACUUUCUCCCCUUCCCUCAACAGCUCAGUUUUUUUCUAGCAUCUGGCCAGUUUCCCACAGCAGCCGAAGGGAUGUGGGUGUAUUGUGGGGCGGGGGGAGGGGUAUAAUCCUGUCUUGCCCGGGUUUCCCACUCGGAACAUCCUUCCCUUCUAUGUGUUUGGCACAACUGCUGUGAGCGGGAGGGGGCUACUUUCCCGCCCUUCUCAUUUCUCUUGGGGAGGGGGUGUCGCCAGUGAUAAAUUGCAAGGACUGGCUUGGCUAUUCUGGGGGCCCCUCAAGGCUCCUUAGUCAGCCUGGAACGGGGGGUGGGGGGCAGUUCUACUGCUGCCUUGCAGACCCUCCAGUGCCCAGCACAGUCAACACUCAAGACACAGGGGAAUAAGAGGAGCUGGUUCUCUCUCUCUGGAAGAUGGGUCUGGCCUCAAACAGGAUAGCUGUCCAUGGGCCACCACUGGGCAGAAGAGAAGGGGUCAGCAGCUGAGCUGCUUGCCCCCUGAUAGUUUGUAGGGGGGGGGUGCAGUGGUCCCUUCCUCUCCCCUCCCUUGGUGCUGGCCACUCUCUGCAGCCUUUGGGGGCUGAAAACUAAGGACUUUCUACUCCCUCCUCCUUGGUUGGUUUUUAAUAAACUCCUUUUGAAAGAAAA